AUGGUAGCCAACGCUAGGGAUAGAAUGAAUAAGUUUGUAGAUGGGGUGUCUAGCUUGGUUAAGGAAGAGUGUCGUACAACAAUGCUACAUCAUGAUACGAAUAUCUCUAGGCUUAUGGUGUAUGUCCAAGAAAUUGAGGCAUCCAAGCCUAGGAAGAUGGAUAAAGAUGGGAAGAGGGAUAGGUCAGAUGAAUCAAGUCAAGAUAAGUCUAAAAAGAGGUUUUAUAAUCAAGAUUCCUCCAUGGUGAACAAGGAUAGGGCUUCCAACCGAAAUUCUCAAGGAGGGAGUGGAGGUGGCCUUUCUUUUGAGAGGACUGGAUGUACUACAUGUGGGAAGCAACACUUGGGUAAGUGUCUUGCUGGUAAAGAUGGAUAUUUUGGGUGUGGAAACAAGGGUCAUAAUAUGAGAGAUUGCCCGGUCCUCAAGGCAAAAGCGAAGAAUACCAACAAAGAUCCUCAAGAUGGCCUAGACCCUAAUUCUCAAAAGAAGAACUAUUUCUAUAUGCAACAAGCUAACAAAGGAGCUAAUCCAGAAUAA